CAUCACCAUCACUCACCCGUCUCUCCAGCGGUUUGCCUGCCGGACCCGGGUGAGUGGCACCGUGACGGAACAUUCGCUUGAUUAUGAGCUCCUCCGGAGGACCAUAAAGGCAUCAUUUAUUCUAAUAGUCCCUUUGGAUUUACUUACACUUUUGCCGAGUUUUGUCGGUAAAAGACCCAAUAAUGACUUCUGGCAUCAUAUUGGCUUCCGGUUGGUUUCAAACACUCGGCAAUGGAGACCUCUAAAAUCACAUAUGUAUUGACCAGGUGCUGGCAUAAACUCCUAGAGACAACAGCGUGCCCGUGAGACUGUCACCUCUGUUCUGGUCUUGGCGAAGCCGGAGUCUGCGAGAUGGACAAGCGGCAUUGGAGGCUGACCUGCAGUUGGGAAUCAUAACCACGGGAGUGAGGGAAAAAGUCUUCACCGGUCGCCUUUUCAUCAACUCCCCAGGCUCUACUGAAUAUUGUCAGGAUGACAUCCGCUGCAUAAACGCAGGUGGUGUGCUGUAGGUGAGCGGAGUGGAGAGGAGAGGAGGAGGUGGUGGACGUGGCCGAGGACCUGUGGUGAGACAUGGCCGCCUCUGGCCUGCCGUAGAGUGCCGGACCUGUCAGCAGAGAGGGAGACUGCUGGAGCUGAGAACAGACAACAGGGGGAGGAUGAAGUUGAAGGGGAGGUCGGUGCAGUGGCCGCUGCAGGUUGUGCUCCUGAUCCUCGUGGUGACAUUCUACUGCCGGCCGGUGUCUGCGGGCAACCGUUACCUACGGGGACACACUGCCCAGUACCAGGUGAAGCAGGGUACGUGUGAGGUGGUGGCCAUCCACCGCUGCUGCAAUAAGAAUAAGAUCGAGGAGCGCUCCCAAACUGUCAAGUGCUCCUGUUUCCCAGGCCAGGUCGCCGGGACGACACGGGCACAGCCCUCCUGCGUGGAAGCAUCCAUCGUGGUGCAGAAGUGGUGGUGUCAGAUGCACCCGUGUCUGGAUGGUGAGGAGUGCAAAGUGCUUCCAGAUCUCACCGGCUGGUCUUGCGCCACUGGAAACAAAGUCAAAACCACCAAGGUCACACGAUAGCAAGAAAAUGUCAGAACAGAUCAGCUGGAUCUACAAUGUAAGGACAACCAUGGAUCCACAUAUGAACUGAGAGAACGCCGCCUGUCUGGACUAGACUAUCCCUGUAGUUUUCUGGUGGAUUACCCAACCCAACUGACCUGGGCACCAGGGCAAAGACUCCUAGAUGGGAACCAUACUGUGAACCAUUUAGACCAAAAUCCACAAAAUGGUGGUUAUGUGUGUGUGUGUCUGACACCACGUGCAAAACAUGAACUCUCUUCACCUAAAGGACACCACCACCAACAGUGAUUGAUCGUUGGGUGAUCGUUAAGAAUCACCAUCCACUCCUAGCGAGCAGAGACGCUGUUAAGACAAGACUGCUGCACCCUGACAGUUUUUGAAUGUGCAUUCUGUCUCUCUCCCUCUCAUUCUCUCUCUCUCUCUCUCUCUCUUUCUCUGUCUGCCCACCACUGAGAGUGUGUUUAUGGAAGAGUGCUCGGAUGUCCUUUUGAGGCAGGAGGCUGUCGAGUCGUACUGCUCCUCGCCUUCUUAACCAGAGUGACUUUAUAUUCAUGAGAAGGGACGCAAAACACACAGAAGGCGUGAAUCACAAAUUAUUGUCAAAUUGCUCUUGUGGGUCAAGUCACGAUCAUAUUUCCCCCCUGUUUUCUCUCUUUUUUUCUGGGAGUCAUUUUGCAGCUCUAAUUAGGGUUGCUGAAUAGGAUUAUAACAACACAUUAAACAUUUAUGUAAGAUAUUUGCACUAGUUUAAACCAUUUGGAAGAAAAAUGUUGUUUCUAGCUACUUUUCCCGUCUUUCGCUGUGGAUAUCGCAUACAAUUAAAGAGAGAAUCAUUUUAUAACAUAUCUGGCUCUGAUGUUGAAAGUAGGGCUGUUAGUUCCCUCUCCUAGUUGCUGGUAAAAAUGCAAGUAAAAGGAA